CAGCGAGUGCUACGUAAACACUGCCAAACCCCAGCAGCUGAGCGUGGAAAAGUCGGCGAAAAUUUUCUAAUCGAAGGAAAUUUGAGCGUGUAUGUCGCCUUGUGCAAACUUAAAAUGUGCCCUAGCUCGUUCAUUCAACCUUGACCUCGUCACUUUCGUCUUCCGAGGCUGAUCAAGUCAAAGGUGCCGAAAUUAUUUGGAUUCUGACAUGGGAUCGUCCGAGAGUCGACUGGCAGAUUUGUCGGCAAACGAGUACAUUCAAAAGUUUGUGGGCAAAGAAAUCAUCGCCCCCAAUGACCCAUUUUGGGAGCAGUUCCUCUCGUUCACUUUCAUCCCACCAAAAUCAGCUGCCGAUCAAAGGAAUCUGGAUGAAAGCGUUCAGGGGAUAUGUCGACAGUUGCUGGCUAACAAUCCUCGCAGUGGCAACUUCCAUUCCCUAGUCUCCUUUUUCAUUGACAAGUCCAUCAGAGUGAGAGCCAACGACAGUCAAAAUGACAAUUUCACCUUUAGCUGGUCAACGCACAACUCUUUGUUUGUGCUCAAAGUGUUGUGCAAAUUCUUUGUUGAGAACAUCUCCGAAGAGGACUUUGUCAAUCAAUUUGAAAUAGGAGGCGAUAGAAGAUCUGCAGCUGUGGAGGGAAAUGAGCAGUUCAGUAAAUUGGAUUUGUUUCUUUCCUGCUUGGUUGAGUUGUUGGUUGACCUUCCCAUCAGGGACACAACUUAUGCUCUUCACUUUGAAGCUAUCAAUUGUCUUCUGGUUCUUCUGUCUGCUCAACUGUUCACAAGCCAGCAAGCUAGCACAUCUAUGAUUUACAGAUAUCUAAUGAUUGGAAAAAGUUCAAUUCACUCCUGUCUGCUCAUGAAGAGGCUCCUUUCGCAUUUUGCCUUGCGAGAAAAGGCUCCGCCAAAUUUCAUGGGUCGAGGUGAUUCUGGAGGCAGCAUUGUUUUGGGCCUUGCUUCUGGAAUUUGGAAUAUGCUGACAUUUGGUUUGGCUACAAGUGAAACGGCCAAAGACGGAGAGCCAGAUUCUCCUCUUGCAGAUCAGUCGUUGUUGUUGAUUCUUGUCCUUGUUAGUCACUGCACUUGUGAGAAGAGUUUGACCAACCCAUACAGGGAAGCCUUGUUUUCAUUUUCAAAUUCAGCAGACUCGAGCACAGCUGUCAGUGCUUCCAGCGCUUCUUUCACGUUGGACUUCCCUUGGAUGUACUCGGCGCUUUGCAAUGCACCCGCCUCAGACCAAACCACCCUUCUGCUGUACCUUUUGAUCCACUGCAAUACCAAUAUGCGCAGCUUCAUCAUAUCCAGGGCAGAUAUAGAGCUUUUGGUUGUUCCGAUUUUGAAGACACUGUACCAUGCCCCACAUAGCAACUCGCAUCACAUUUACAUGUCUCUAAUUAUUUUGCUGAUUUUGAGUGAGGAUGAAAUAUUCAACAAAGCAGUGCACCAAAUUAAACUCCGCUCCGUUACUUGGUAUACCGAACGAGCCAUAUCUGAAAUAUCUCUAGGCGGUCUUUUGGUGCUUGUCGUCAUUCGAACAAUUCAGUACAACAUUCUGAAAAUGAGAGACAAAUAUUUGCAUACAAAUUGCUUGGCUGCCUUGGCCAACAUGUCAAGCCAGUUCAGCGAUCUGCACCCCUAUGUGAGUCAGCGGCUUGUUUCCCUCUUUGAAACCCUGGCCAAGAAACACAACCGCCUUUCGACGGAUGUUGCUGCGCUGAAAAGGUCGAAAUCAACAGCACCCAGCGAAAACGAGUCUGAAAUGGAGCAGGACCUGGCUGUGCUUGAGGAUGUCCUGCGGAUGGUGUUAGAAAUCCUAAACUCGUGUCUUACCCACCAAUUGACAACAAACCCCAACCUGAUUUACACUUUGCUCUACAAGAAGGAGGCGUUUGAAAUGUUCAAGAGUCACCCUGCCUUUCAAGAGGUCGUUUGCAACAUUGAUUUGGUGAUCACCUACUUUGCUUAUAAGUUGCAGCAAAUUCAGAGUGAUUUAGGUGAGAGUGAUGUGCUUGCGACAAUUCAACAGGGUGCAAUGCAGUGGAACAAAGACAGGCUGAAGAAAUUCCCUGAUUUGAAAUUCAAAUAUGUAGAAGAAGACCGUCCUGAAGAAUUUUUCAUUCCCUACAUUUGGUCUUUAGUUUGUCAGUCAUCUGGGAUUCAUUGGAACAUGGACAAAGUGAAACUAUUUUUCCCAGAAACCAGUGACGGCGAAUGUUGAUUUUUCCAAUCAAAGAGUCAAGCAAUCACAUGGACAUUGAUCAAAGAUGGAUAACCACUUGAUAAACUGAUUCGAAGAAGUGCUAACCACAAUUUAUGCUUAUUUAUGAAAAAUUUAAUCUCCCUCAAAGUAUAAGUUGUUACAAAAACUCUUAUUUUAAUAUCUAUGUUAUUGUUGCUGUAAAAACUCAAUAUUUAAAAUUAAAAUAAUUUUAUUUGAAAUAAAUGUAUUGCGCAAGUUUUAAA